AUGUACGCCUGUGCAAAGUUUGUCUCCGCUCCCGCGCUAGUGAGGAGGAGCUCGCGGGUGCUGUGCCAGCCCCUCUCUGCCUCCGUGCUGAGCAGCCCCGAGGCCCGGACGGAGCAGGUAACGAACCCCUCGCUUAAACAACAGCUUUUCUCCUACGCCAUCUUGGGCUUUGCCCUCUCCGAGGCCAUGGGGCUCUUCUGCCUCAUGGUGGCCUUCCUCAUCCUCUUCGCCAUGUGA